UUCUCCUGUCCGUCUUCGUUAACAUCGAAAAAAAGACAUUACCGUUAUUGCAUGCCUUCAUUAUGUCAGGUACAGGUAGUAAAGAAAGCGACAAUAGCCCUUCAAGGGCUGCUAUGAAGUCUCCUCCAAUAUCAAAUGACGCCAAUCCACUGAAACCCAGUGACUUUACUUCAAUUUCCCCUGAAACAACUAUUGUGUCUAGUGAAAGUGAUAAAACCAUUAAAUCUAAUUACACUAUUAGUAGUUCUUAUGAUAGAACAAUUUGUUCUAGUGAUACGACCAUUGAUUCAUGCUAUGAAUCUAAAACUUCUAGUGAUAUUACUAUAAAUUCAAGUGAUGCUACCAUUAAUUCUGUGUGUGAUAUCCCGGUUUCUUGUGAAGCUGUCACAAACUUGAGCGGUGUCAACGUAAGCAGCUUGUACAGUUUAUCCAUCUCAUCAACUGACGCAGCUCAGCCUUCUAUCGACCGAACUUCUAAUCCUUUUGACGCAAAUAAAAAUUCCGAGGAAACUAAUCCUGAGGAUGAGGUUGUAACUUCACGUGAUGUGGCCGAGACCUCCAGAGACUCUAGGACUUCUGCAGUAGACGCGGCCAUGAGUUCGUUGAGCCUCCCCUUAGGAGUUGAGAGCGUGGGAGGACUGUUGAGCAGCGCCGUGACGGGCGUCGGGGGCGCCGUGGUUGCAGGAGUCUCGCACAUCACCUACGGGAUGGGUGAAGCUGUGUCCUCAGUGUCUGCCGGAGUUGGCGGUGUAGUGACGGAAGCAUCGCACAAGAUCGUGCGCUGCCUCACGCUGCCUCCACAGUCCUGCCUCGACCCUCGCACCACAACCCGGUCCAG